AUGCAAGAAUCAAGUACUUGUCAAGUGUCUAUAGUUCCAAGUUGUCUUACAUUUAAUAGAAAAAGUUCCAAAGAACAAAAUCUAUCUCAAAGUACAGAUUGUCCAGUUCAUGAAAUAUUAGAAGAAGAGGUAGUUUUUACAAACGAAGCACUAGAAAGUUAUCAAAUAGUAAUUAAUGGAUUUGCUAAAAUUAACAAUUACUGGAUAUCAUGUUCUGAAACUAGUUUUAUUCUUCUUGCAAGAGGAAUUCAUAAAGUUACAUUUUAUGCUAUGAUAAGAAAUUCUAGUGGAGAAAUUAAGUCAGAAAUCCCUAUUCAUGUUUUUGGAACAAACAAAGGUUCAACUAAUUAUAAACGAUUUUGGAUUCAACAAAUUAGUGUCGUUCUUCUACCACAACUUAGUCAGUAUCUUUCAUUUGAUGAAUGUAAAUUGUCUGAUAGAAUUUAUACUGGUGAAUAUAAUGCUAUUUUUAAAGGGACUUAUCGGUCUUUAGAUGUUGCUAUUAGUAAAGUAAAAUCAAGGAAUGAACGUAUUGAAACAUUACAAAAAAUGAAAGAAGAAAAAGAAAGGAAUCACGAAAAAUUGAGUGAUAUCAAUCAAUCUGAACUUAAUCAAUUCUUAAAAGAAAAAGAAGAAGGUAUUCCUGAAGAUUUUUCUCGUUCUCCCUUUGUUCUUGAAAUUAGAGAAAUUGCUAAAAUUCAACGAAACCUUAUUUCUCCUUAUAUCCUUACAUUUGUUGGUUUAACUGAAUUUCCUUAUGCUGCUAUUACCGAACUUGCACCUUAUGGAGAUGCAGAAUCAUUCUAUGAAAAACAUCAAUUAACACAAACAUUAAAAUUUAAAAUAUUUGAAGAUAUUGCCAAUGGUGUUGCCGCAUGUCAUAGAUUUGAUAUUAUGCAUCUUGAUUUAAAACCAUCAAAUAUAUUUAUUUUCUCAUUAAAUCCAUUAGAUUCUGUUGUAGCUAAAUUAGCGGAUUUUGGUGCUGCUAAGAGAAUUAAUUUUGAUAAUGUUCCUUCAAAUGUUAACUUUACAUCAACAAAACUUUAUACUGCACCAGAGAUGUUAAAAUUUAUUACAGCUAAAACAUAUAAAGGUAAGAAACGUAUAGAAUUUUUAAAAAGUUUUAAUCUAGAAGAUUUAACUCCUUAUACAUAUAUAGAAGCAGACUUAAAAAAAGAAUUUGGAAAUAAUGCAAGUCAAGUUAAAGCAGAAAGAGAUAGAAAUUAUGAAUUUAAAUUAUAUCAAUUAUUACAUGUUGGAUUAACUGUUGAUAUCUUUUGUUAUUCACUUACUAUUUUUGAAAUAUUUAUUGAACGUUCAUUAAUUUAUACAGAAGAAGUAUCUAAAGCAAGUGGAUUAACUGGUAUGGAUAAAUUCCAAAAAAUACUUACUGCCGAUCUUAAAACUUCUAAAAAUCCAACAACCACUCAGAAAUUACUUAGUCUUAGAGGUUUUCCAUUAACUCUUACUAAAUUAAAAGCUCCAAAAUGGUUUAGAGAUAUCCUUGAUAAAACAUGGGCAAUAGACCCAACACAAAGAAUUUCUAUGACAGAAGUAGCAAGACGAUUUCAUAAAUAUAUUAGUUUAUAUUUAAACCAAUUUAAAACAAGAAAUGAUGAAACUUUAUCGGUAUUAAAAGAAAUGAGAAGUAAAGAAAUAGAAUAUUUUGACACUAUAGAAGAAAUUAAAUUAUCAACUUCUAAUGUCUCUUUAGAAGAAAGAAAAAAAAAUAUUGACUCAAAAUAUUUUACAGAAAUAAAAAAAUUAAAAAGUAAAUUAAUUGAGAUAAAUGACAAUCAUAAUCAAAUAAAACAAUCUUCAUCUAGUGAUGAAAUGAUAAAUCCUGAAGGACUUAUUGAUAUUACAUCAGAAUAUAGUGAUUACACUGAAAUGAUCACUCAUAAUAAUUUAGUUGGUCAUGCAAAAAUUUACGGAUUAUCAAAAACAAGAACACCUGAAGAAAUAUAUCAGUACAAAAGAAAUAAUUUUAGAAUUAGAUAUGACUACGAAAUCUCUUGGGGGUCUCAACCUGAUCAAAUCCUUGAACUUAAAGAAAAAGAUAAAUAUGGUAAAUUUGUUGAAGAAUUUAAAAAAGAAGAUUCUCUUAAAAAAGAAAAAUUAAAUACUCAAAUAGACUCUUACUUUGACCAAAAUGUAUCAUCAAAUAGUUACACUCUUAAUGACUCUAUUGGUUACUCUAAAAAGCAAGUUUUAUCAACAUUCAUUUUAGAUGAAGAUGGUGAACCUAUCUUCCACUUAUCUAAUGAUGAACAUCCAAAACAAUACUCCAAUGAAAUUACUAAAAAAGUUGUUAAGAAAACAACCUCAAUUAAUGAUAAAGAAAAUAGUACAACAACGAAAAAAACAAAUAAAAAGAAAGUUGUUAAGAAAACAACUUGUUUUGAUGAAGACGAAAUAGGUUUAGAUGAAACACAAAAAAUUAUAGAUUUAAACAAAGACAAAAAAGAACCAACAAAACCACAAACUACAAAAACAUGUAAAAAAAAGGUAAUCAAAAAAACAAUCUGUUUGGAUGAUGAAGAGACAGAUAACUUAAACGAAGAAAAACAAGAUGAACAUAUUAAACAAACUAAAAAGAAAAUCAUUAAAAAAACAAUUAACUUUAAUGAUGAAGAAAAUGUUAUAACAGAAAAUACGAAAACACAAAAUUUAACUAAAAAAACAAAAAAGAAAAUUAUUAAAAAAACUAUUUCAUUAGAUGAAUAA